GCAGCACUGGCAAGACGUGUUCUUUUUUGGAAAGCACAAUAGUAAAGCAAAUAGUUUAUCAGAAAAAACAAACUAAGCGACGAAAUUCCAGCGAAGCGACGACUGUCGCGAUAAAAGGCCCGACAAUCGCAGUGCAGCAGCAGCGACAACAGCGCAAUCUCGGCCUCAGCUGACCGGAAAGUUAGUUCGGCGACGUGGAAAAUCACCAGAAAAGAAAAACACAGCAGGCACCGCCAGCGGCAGCUCCAAAAUGUGUGGAAUAUUUGCAUACCUCAACUACCUGACGCCCAAAUCGCGGCAGGAGGUGCUCGAUCUCCUCCUGCAGGGACUCAAGCGGCUGGAGUACCGUGGCUACGACUCCACGGGCAUUGCCAUAGACGACCCCAAUCCUGCGGAGGGCAACGCCAUCGUCAUGGUCAAGCGGACCGGCAAGGUGAAGGUUCUCGAGGACGCCAUAGCGGAGGUGUGUCGCGGCGAGGACUACUCCCGUCCCAUCGACACCCACAUUGGCAUCGCCCACACGCGCUGGGCCACCCACGGAGUGCCCUCCGAGGUUAACUCGCAUCCCCAGAGAUCCGACCUGGAGAACAGCUUCGUGGUCGUGCACAACGGUAUCAUCACGAACUACAAGGAUGUGAAGACGCUGCUGGAGAAGCGCGGCCACGUGUUUGAGUCGGACACGGACACGGAGGUGAUUGCCAAGCUGGUGCACCACCUGUGGCAGAAGCAUCCUGGCUACACCUUUGGCGAGCUGGUGGAGCAGGCUAUCCAGCAGCUGGAGGGCGCCUUCGCCAUUGCCUUCAAGUCGCGCCACUUCCCCGGCGAGUGCGUGGCCUCUCGGCGUGGCUCACCGCUGCUGGUGGGCAUCAAGGCCAAGACCAAGCUGGCCACGGACCACAUACCCAUCCUGUAUGCCAAGGCCCAUAGGCCACAUGGCCAGCCUCAGCAGCAGGCCUUCCAGGUCCUGCCGCCCGGCGAUUGUUCCGCCGAAUUUCAGCCUCUGGAGCACAAGGAGGUCGAGUACUUCUUCGCCUCCGAUGCCUCGGCGGUAAUUGAGCACACCAACAGGGUCAUCUACCUGGAGGACGAUGACGUGGCUGCUGUCAAGCGGGAUGGCACUCUCAGCAUUCAUCGGCUGAACAAGUCCUCCGACGAUCCGCAUGCCAGGGAGAUCAUUACCCUCAAGAUGGAGAUCCAACAGAUCAUGAAGGGCAACUACGAUUACUUCAUGCUCAAGGAGAUCUUCGAGCAGCCAGAGUCGGUGGUGAACACCAUGCGUGGCCGGAUGAGGUUCGACGCGCAGAGCGUUGUCCUCGGCGGCAUCAAGGAGUACAUCCCAGAGAUCAAGCGCUGCAGGCGCCUGAUGCUCAUUGCCUGCGGCACCUCCUAUCACAGUGCGGUGGCCACCAGGCAACUGCUGGAGGAGCUCACCGAACUCCCCGUUAUGGUCGAGCUGGCCUCGGACUUUCUCGAUCGCAAUACGCCCAUCUUCAGGGAUGACGUGUGCUUCUUCAUCUCUCAGUCGGGCGAAACGGCGGACACCCUGAUGGCCCUCAGGUAUUGCAAGCAAAGAGGAGCCCUCAUUGUGGGCAUCACCAACACGGUGGGCAGCAGCAUCUGCCGGGAGUCGCACUGCGGCGUGCACAUCAACGCUGGACCCGAGAUCGGUGUGGCCUCCACCAAGGCCUACACUUCUCAGUUCAUAUCCCUGGUGAUGUUCGCUUUGGUCAUGUCGGAGGAUCGUCUGUCUCUGCAGCAGCGGCGGUUGGAGAUCAUCGAUGGCCUGUCCCAGCUGGACGAGCACAUCAGGACAGUUUUAAAGCUGAACUCACAGGUCCAGGAGCUGGCCAAGGAGCUGUACCAGCACAAAUCGCUGCUGAUCAUGGGCAGGGGCUUCAAUUUCGCCACCUGUUUGGAGGGAGCGCUGAAAGUCAAGGAACUGACCUAUAUGCACAGCGAGGGUAUACUGGCCGGCGAACUUAAACACGGACCCCUGGCCCUGGUGGACGAUGAGAUGCCCGUACUGAUGAUCGUCCUGCGUGAUCCUGUGUAUACCAAAUGCAUGAACGCCCUGCAGCAGGUGACGUCGCGCAAGGGAAGACCUAUCCUGAUCUGCGAGGAAGGCGACACCGAGACCAUGUCCUUCUCCACCCGCUCGCUCCAGAUACCCAGGACCGUGGAUUGCCUGCAGGGCGUGCUCACGGUUAUCCCGCUGCAGCUGCUGUCGUACCACAUAGCCGUGCUUCGAGGCUGCGACGUGGACUGCCCCAGGAAUCUGGCCAAGUCCGUGACCGUGGAGUAGGCUUCAAAACACGCCCAGGAUUGCCCACACCAAGAAUUCCAUUUUAUUAUCUGCCUGAGAAAGCCCAAAACUUUAGGAAUUAAGUCGAAAUCUUUUGGUAUUUGCACAGAUUUUAAAAAAGCGACCUUACUCCAUUUUAUCCUCUGUGCCCAAUCCGACCCAAGUCGGAUCUAUUAACCCCUGCAUUUUGUAGCCUUACUGACCCAUUUGUGUUGUCGAAAAAUUACUAUUUGUGAAUGUGCAAUUGAAAUAUAAAUAUUUCCCAAACUUUUCUUUAAA